CCGUCGGAUCGAAAGCAUACGAGCCCAAAUCAAAUCAUACACCCUGCACUCUCUAGGGUUCACACAAAUCCCAUCUCUCCCCCGAACCCCUCCUGCCCUUCUCUGGAAUCUUCUCUUCUUUCCCUUCCUGCAGUCAACCAAGCGAUAAUCCUUCUUCCAUCCCAUCUUCCUUCCCUCCGUUUGCGGAAGGGCGAGAAAGAAAAGAUCGAGGGCGAAAUAUGAAGCGUUCGGUAGACGAUCGGGAGCGGAAGGCGCCAGGCGCCGGCGACGCGAAGCCAGUCUUCCUCUCCAAAGACGAGCGCGCGCGCCUCGCACUCCAGCGCCGCCAGGACGAGGUCGCCGAGCAGCGCCGCGCCGCCCUCGCCCUCCUUCCUCCCCAACCCCAGUCCGGCGCUGAUCCCAAACCCCCUUCAUCCUCCGACGAUCCCCCCUCUUCCCACCGCGACCGCGAGAAGGAUAAAGAUCGCGAUCGCGAUCGCGACAGGGACAGGGACCGGGACAGAGAUCGAGACCGAGAUCGAGACCGGGAUCGGGAUCGGGAUCGCGAUCGCGAUCGGGAUCGAGAGCGCGACCGGGAUCGGGAGCGCAGGCGAGACCGCGAAGACGACGCCCGCAGCCGUGAGCGCUCCCGCCUGGAGAAGCAGGUGGAGAGGGAGCACGAGAAGGAGCUAGAGGCCAUCAAGGAGCAGUAUCUGGGGUCCAAGAAGCCCAAGAAACGCGUGAUCAAGCCGAGCGAGAAGUUCCGCUUCUCCUUCGACUGGGAGAACACCGAGGACACCUCGCGCGACAUGAACGCCCUCUACCAGAAUCCCCACGAGGCCCGCCUCCUCUUCGGCCGCGGCUUCCUCGCCGGCAUUGACCGCCGCGAGCAGAAGAAGCAGGCCGCCCGCCACGAGAAGGAGACCCGCGAGGAGAUUCGCCGCAAGGAGGGCGUCGAGAAGGAGACGCCCGAGGAGGCUGCCGCGCAGCGCAGGAAGGAGGCCGCCGCCGAGCUCUACGACGCCUUCGACAUGCGGGUCGACCGCCACUGGUCCGAGAAGAGGCUCGAGGAGAUGACGGAGCGCGACUGGCGCAUCUUCAGGGAGGACUUUAACAUCUCCUACAAGGGCUCGCGCAUCCCGCGGCCGAUGCGUAAUUGGGCCGAGAGCAAGCUCAGCGGCGAGCUCCUCAAAGCUGUGGAGAAGGCUGGGUACAAGUCGCCUUCCCCUAUUCAGAUGGCUGCUAUCCCGCUUGGCCUGCAGCAGCGAGAUGUGAUCGGGAUUGCGGAAACCGGGUCCGGCAAAACUGCUGCUUUCGUCCUCCCCAUGUUGAUGUACAUCACGAGGCUCCCCCCUAUGAGCGAAGAGAACGAGGCCGAGGGGCCCUAUGCUGUUGUCAUGGCUCCGACCCGUGAGCUGGCACAGCAGAUUGAGGAUGAGACUGUAAAGUUUGCCCAUUUCUUGGGCAUUAAGGUGGUCUCUAUAGUCGGCGGCCAGUCCAUUGAGGAGCAGGGUUUCAAGCUGAGGCAGGGGUGCGAGGUCGUAAUCGCCACUCCUGGGCGGCUCCUGGACUGCUUAGAGCGAAGGUAUGCUGUUCUUAACCAGUGCAAUUACGUAGUUCUUGAUGAAGCCGACCGAAUGAUUGAUAUGGGUUUCGAGCCACAAGUUGUUGGGGUCUUGGAUGCGAUGCCUUCGAGCAAUCUGAAGCCAGAGAAUGAGGACGAGGAGCUCGAUGAGAAGAAGAUUUAUAGGACCACUUACAUGUUUAGUGCUACCAUGCCUCCUGCUGUUGAGAGACUUGCUAGGAAGUACUUGAGGAACCCGGUAGUCGUGACUAUCGGCACUGCUGGAAAGGCGACCGACCUUAUCACUCAGCAUGUUAUCAUGUUGAAGGAGUCGGAGAAGAUGCCCAGGCUUCAGAAGAUACUCAACGACCUUGGUGACAAGACCGCCAUUGUCUUCUGCAACACAAAGAAGUCAGCAGAUGCUCGAGCCAAGGACUUGGACAGAUUGGGUUAUAGGGUGACCACCCUUCACGGAGGGAAGUCGCAGGAGCAGCGUGAGAUCAGCCUUGAGGGGUUCAGGAACAAGCGGUUCAAUGUUCUUGUCGCGACUGAUGUCGCAGGGCGUGGAAUUGAUAUUCCAGAUGUCGCCCAUGUUAUUAAUUAUGAGAUGCCGAACUCGAUCGAUAUGUACACGCAUCGCAUUGGACGGACGGGACGUGCCGGGAAGACGGGAGUGGCGACUACAUUUUUGACGCUGCACGACACAGAAGUCUUCUAUGAUCUGAAACAGAUGCUUGUACAGAGCAACAGUCCGGUGCCUCCCGAGCUUGCUAGACAUGAAGCAUCAAAGUUUAAACCGGGGACAAUUCCUGAUAGGCCUCCGAGGCGAAAUGAUACUGUUUUUGCACAUUGAGGAAAAGUAUAUUGGUUGUGCACAGGGGCGAUAAUUUGCCCGUUUGGGUCAGUGUGACUUUCGUAGUUGCAUUAGCUUCUUCAUGUGAAUUUCCUUUUGUGGGAAAGAAGGUAUCUCCAGUGGCAGUUCUGAGGUUUUCCUUGUGAAGGUUUGAUUCUUGGCUUGGUAUUUUCAAUGGUAUUCUUCUGCACUUAGUUCUAUCUUAACAUUCUUGGAACAUCUGAUUUACUAGCCAAGAUAAUUCCCCGGUGAAUAUGGAUAGUUCCUCUCUUUUUAUCAUCUUUCAUGCAUUUAUUAUUUAUUUUUGCCUUUAUGCAAGUUUCUCUUGUAAAUCAUUGAGAAAUAAUGGUGUACCGUGUACUUUACUGACUAGUAAGCUAUCUCCUCUUCUGAGAACUUCACAAGAUUGGAGAAUUUUAAGACUUAUAAUCAACACUUGAUAUUGCAAGGCUUGGGAAGAA